CUCACGUUACGUUAUGACAACAACCCGGAAGGAAGUCCAACAUUUAUUAAGGCCAUCUUUCCUAACUACAGAGAAUGCUAGUGCGUAGCUUCACCCUAAAUGCAUAGCUACAACAAACACUCUAGCUACUUUUAUAACAGAGCUGCCGGUGAUUCUGCACCCGUUGUGCAAAUCGUGUUGCCCGUGAGAAAAUGUCGUCUGGCAGGCAAGGAUCCUGGUCCUUUGUCGUACCUGCAAUAUUGACCUUCUUGUUGCUGGAUGCUGUUGCUUUUGUACAGGCGAAGAACUUUGAGGAUGUUCGCUGCAAAUGCAUCUGCCCGCCAUACAGAAACAUCACUGGCCACAUAUAUAACAGAAAUGUGUCCCAGAAGGAUUGUAACUGCCUCCAUGUAGUGGAGCCCAUGCCGGUGCCUGGCCAUGACGUGGAAGCUUACUGCCUGUUGUGCGAGUGCAAGUACGAGGAAAGAAGUAGCAACACCAUCAAGGUUACUAUCAUCAUUUACCUGUCUGUUGUGGGGGCCCUGCUGCUCUACAUGCUGUUCCUGCUGCUGGUUGAUCCUCUUAUUCGCAAACACGACGCCUACACCCAGCCACUGCACAACGAGGAGGACUCUGAGGAGAUGCGUCCUCCAGUUGACAGUGCUCAGGCCAAAGGAAACACAGUGCUGGAGCGGGUUGAGGGAGCACAGCAGCGCUGGAAAAAGCAGGUCCAGGAACAGCGCAAGACAGUUUUUGACCGCCACAAGAUGCUUAGUUAAACCCUACAGGUGACCUUAAAGCCAGUUUAGAGUAACUUCCCUGGGCUCGGCGCUAUUACACUGUCACCAGCUGCACUAUUACUAACCUCUUUGUCAUUGCCAUGCACUGCACCCCCUGAAUAUGUAUUUCCUUUGAAAUGUAAACAAACCGAUCUUAAAAACAGAUGGUUUUUUUUAAUUUGUUAUAUGUAACAUUUUAGGCUAAAAUGGAGUUUUGAAAAAACUGCAUGUUUGCCCACUGUUAACAGCUAGAAAUCAUCUUACUUAUUUCAGCAUUUUUCAAUACAACAGAUUUUGAUUGUGUUGAUAAAAUAAGAACCAUAUGUCUCAAAAGUCAAACUUAAUAGCUUUUAAGCUUCCUCAUGAUAAUUUUUUUUGGUUAGCUUCUUGCUAAUUUGGUAUAAUAAGUUGUUUUGCAUAAUGUAUAAAGUUAUCUCAGAACAGGUAAGCUUUACGUUUGUGAAUGGUCAAUUUAGCUAUUUGGGUAGAAAGAAUUCCUUGCUUAUGCUAAUUUCAAAUAUUGCUGAUUCAUAUUACACCACUCAUAAUUUAUUUAUGUCAUAUUAUCAUUAUUUAUUUGUCCCUCAUUGCUGUACAUAGUAACCUGGACAUAUUUAGCAUAAUUUGCACUAUUAGAUUAAUUAAAGGAUUGUAAAUUUUAGGCUUGUAAUUUUAAAGCUCCAAUAUGUGCCUCUUUUUGUUUCUCUCCUUGUGUGGGUGAAUGUGUUCCUUUAAAUUCACAGCAUGUAAAACAUAACAGAUUGUAAUGUAUAACAAUCCAUUUUGGCGGGUAAAUCGUAUAACCGUUGUUUCUAAGUGAGGUAGGCACAAGGCCACAUUUUUGUCCUGUAUUUCACAGUAGUGUUUCAACAUACUUUUCCAUGCAGAGAGAGAAAUAGAGAAUGGGGUAUAUAACAGCUUUAAAGCAAUCCUCAGUGUCAUUGAUUCUCUGCCACUGGUGAUUGUUCUAAAUUGGUAAAGCUGCAGAUAAUGGGCUUACGUGUGGCAGAAUCAGGAUGCCGUAUGGCUUUCAAGGGCCCUCAUGUGUAUCAUUAUGUCAGUGAAUUCCCCCUGCGUCCUACUACUGGAGAUGUCUGUGUGGGAAAGUUUAUUAUGACACACUGAUUCACGUUACCUCACUAUGUGAACUUCUGAAAUUUAUUUAUAUUUAUGGUUAGUUUUUUGUUGAAGUGUUUUUGUUUAGUAUAUUUUCAUAUCACUGGGAUCCAUGUUUUGUAUUUAUAUUUAUCUCCAGCCUAACUGGAGCAUUGCACCACUCAUGUCUAUACAUUCGGCUUGAUGUGAAAUUAAAAAAAUCCCCCCAAAAUAUAUAAAGUAAGAUGUUUUUCUUUCAUUCCUCUGCAUGUUUGCUGCUAGAGUCACUGCUUUUGUUGAUUGACAAUAGGGGGUGACAGAGUACACACUAUGUGGGCUCUCAGCGCGCUCUACUCAAGGACUGCUUUAUCAUUAAAUCAAUCCUCACA